AUGUCGACAUCUUUUGAAGCCAUUUCUUCCACUGCUUGGGUAAAACUUUCUUUGGAAAAUUCAGUGGAAAAAUGCUGCAAGAGUGGUAAUGAAUGGGCAAGUCAAAAAAGACAUUGCAGUUCUCUGCCAUUUAUUUCUGAAUCCAAAGAAUGCAGCAUAGUCCAGGAGCAGUGCUGCAGUAAUAAACUGGAGGAACACUACUGUACCAUUGGCAUUAACUUUGCCAAUGACCAUGAAGAAUGUGAUUCACAUGAUGAUAUUUCCACUUGUGAAGCCAAAUUCACUAAGAAAUGCUGUUACUGUUGCUUGCUGGGAAAGACAGCCCAAGUUCAAGGACAGAGCUGUGAGCAGAGCCAACUGAUAGGAUACCAGUGUGGGCAGGUGUUCAGAGCUUGCUGUGUCAAGGGUCAAGAAGGCCCUGAAGGGUCAAUUAGUGAUGUUCCUAAAAAAGACCAAGUUAAAAUUUCUGACGAGGAAGUAGACCAAGAGGAUCCUUACCUUCAUGAUCGCUGCAGAGGAGGCGGUCCCUGUACACAGCAGUGUAGGGACACAGGCUCCAGUGUUGUCUGCUCCUGCUUUGUUGGGUACCAGCUUCUGUCUGAUGGUGUCACCUGUGAAGAUACUAAUGAGUGUAUCACUGGGAUGCACAACUGUGGGAUUGGACAAACUUGUGUCAAUACAGUAGGAUCCUUCCGCUGUCAGCGUGAAACGAGCUGUGGGACUGGUUAUGAACUCACUGAAGACAACCAUUGCAAAGAUAUUGACGAAUGUGAGAGUGGUACUCAUAACUGCCUCCCCGAUUUUAUCUGUCAGAAUACUCCGGGAUCUUUCCGUUGCCGACCCAAGCUACAGUGCAUGAAUGGGUUUAUACAAGAUGCGCUAGGCAACUGUAUUGAUAUCAAUGAGUGCCUAAGCGUUAACAUGCCAUGCCCAGUUGGACAGAUGUGCAUUAACACAGAUGGCUCAUAUACCUGCCAAAGAAAUGUACCAAACUGUGGACGAGGUUAUCAUCUCAAUGAAGAAGGAACAAGAUGUGUAGAUGUGGAUGAGUGUUCGUCACCUAACCAACUAUGUGGAGAUGGACAUGUUUGUGUAAAUUCCCCUGGCAGUUACCGUUGUGACUGCAGACUUGGCUAUUAUUUUGAGGCGAUCAGUCGAACUUGUAUCGAUGUUAAUGAAUGUAGACACUACUCAGGUCGUCUCUGUGCUCACAAAUGUGAGAAUACUCCUGGAUCCUAUUACUGCAGCUGUACUGUGGGCUUCAAACUUUCCACUGGUGGCAGGUUAUGCGAAGACUUAAAUGAAUGUGAGAGCAACCCAUGUAGCCAAGAAUGUGCCAAUGUGUAUGGUUCCUAUCAAUGUUAUUGUCGUCGGGGCUAUCAACUUAGUGAUAUAGAUGGAAUCACGUGUGAAGACAUUGAUGAAUGUGCUUUACCUACUGGAGGGCACAUCUGUUCUUAUCGAUGUAGUAAUGUUCCUGGGAGCUUUCAGUGCACCUGUCCCUCUCCUGGUUAUAGACUGGCAACCAAUGCACGAAACUGCCAAGAUAUCAAUGAGUGUGUGGCAGAAACACAUAACUGCUUAUUCAAUGAGACCUGCUUUAACAUCCAAGGCAGUUUUCGCUGUCUCUCUUUGGAAUGCCCAGAAAAUUAUCGCAAAUCAGGAGAUACAGUUGGACUUGAAAGGACAGAUACUAUUCGCUGCAUUAAGUCUUGCCGACCAAAUGAUGUCAACUGUAUGUUGGAUCCAGUACACACAAUUUCCCACACAGUCAUUUCACUACCCACAUUCAAAGAAUUUACUAAGCCUGAAGAGAUUAUUUUUCUUCGUGCCAUAACACCUGUGCUCCCAACCAACCAGGCAGAUAUCAUAUUUGACAUAACAGAAGGAAAUCUAAGGGAUUCCUUUGAUAUCAUCAAGCGUUACAUGGAUGGCAUGACUGUGGGUGUAGUUCGUCAGGUGAAGCCCAUUGUUGGACCUUUCCAUGCCAUUCUGAAACUGGAGAUGAACUAUGUGGUGAACGGGAUUGUCUCUCAUCGUAACAUUGUCAACGUGCACAUCUUUGUGUCUGAAUAUUGGUUUUAG